AUGUCUUGGGCUCUUGCUUCACAUUCCACGCUAAUUAGUGAUUACCGUCGUCAUCGAGGUGGAAAUGCCUCACCAUCACCGCAUGUUAGACUUCGAAUCCCAGGUUUUAGUGCCACACCUUAUGAUCCCCCACCUUCGCUGCCACAAAAUCCUAGACAACCUUCUAGACAACCAAAGAUUUGCAUCAUCGGAGCAGGGAUGUCAGGACUAUUUUCUGCGUUACUCUUACAGAAAGCUGGUAUUCAAGAUAUCACGAUUCUUGAGUGUCAAGAUCGCGUAGGCGGACGUGUACAUACACAGUAUUUUAGUGAAAAAAAGGAAGAAAAAUUAUAUGGUGAGCUUGGAGCUAUGAGACUACCGGUAACUCCAGAACAUCAAAUGGUGUUCGAUACUAUUGAUUAUUUGAAUGAGCGCAUUCCUGAAGACGACCGGAUCCAUCUUAUCAAUUUUAUCUUUUCAAAUAACAACGGUUUAUAUUUUUAUAAUGAUUCCCGCAACGAUGGUCAAAUUGGGAAUAUAGCAUGGGCAAAUGAUUCUCAAAAUUUCAACAAGCUUGGAUUCGCAUCAACUGUUAAUCCUGAUUACAAAACAUUACUCGCCAAAGCAAUGGAUAAAUUUAUCACUGCCCUGGAUUCAAAUUUUGACUUAGGGCUCAAUUCUCUCUUGAAAUUUGACCAACAUAGUGUGUACUCGUAUCUCAAAGAAGUCUACUUUCCUAGUCUCGAUCCAAAAUUGAAUCAAGGGUAUAAUGUUGAUGAAACCAUCGGUGCGAUGGAAAUGACAGAAUCUGCAACAGGAUUAUUUAGACUUUCGUUUGUUGAAGCUGUGAUGGAUGCUUAUACAUUUUCGACGGAUUCCCAAAAGUGGAAAACGAUUGAUAACGGAAUGCAACGAUUUCCUAAUGCAUUCCCGUUUGCUUAUGCAAAGGAAAAGAGUGGAAGAGUAGAUGUUAAGUAUAAAUGUAAAGUUUAUAAAUUAGAAAACAUAGAUGUAGAUGGAAUAUUGAAAUUGCGUGUACAUUGGGAAGAAAACGGGUCUGAUAGUGUGGAUGAUUUUGAUAGAGUUAUAAUUACUUGCCCAUUGGGCGUCGUUCGUCAUUGGGAAUUACCUGAAUUAAAAAGUUUAGAAGACCCAAAAACAAGCGAUGAUUUUUAUUACAAAAGACGUGCAAUUCGAGAAUUGAAUUAUGAUAACUCUGCUAAAAUCUUUUUGAAAUUCAAUUCUCGCUUUUGGGAAAACCAAACAGAUUCACCCAUCGUCGGAGGUAGCUCUACAACUGAUCUCCCAAUUCGGACAGUCAUCUAUCCAUCAUAUUAUGUUGGCAUGCCAACAGAUAAACCUGCCAUCCUUCUCGGCUCUUAUACUUGGGCAAAUGAUGCAGCAAAAUUUGCUCCAUACUCGCAACAGGAGAAUGCCAGACUUUGUAUUAAAGACCUUACAAUUCUCCAUGGAGAUCAGGUGGAGAAAGAAUGGGAUAGUGACCCAAAAUAUAAUUCAUCUAUCUACUGGCCAAAUGACCAAACCACUGUUGGAGCGUUUGCUCUUUUUGGUCCAGAACAAUAUAGCGACCUAAUUUAUCCAAUGAUAAAACCAAUGUAUAAUAUACAUUGGGCUGGUGAAUACACUGAUAUACAUCAUGCUUGGAUUGUUGGAGCUUUGAAUUCAGCUGUUCGAGUUGUUAAUGAAAUUUUGAUUGAUUCUGCUAUGGAAGAAGAAUGGAAUGAGUUGAUCAUUGAACAACCAUUGAAAAAUUGGCACGGGCAUAUAAAGGAUGACAACACAACACAUUAA